GUUACUGUGGAGGAACUGUUUGCUAAGCUGCAGAGAUCAAGCAGGGAAAUGUAAGUCUUUUACACGGAAAGCGGUUGUAUGCUUGAAAUUUUGUUGUAUGUAUGAAAAACUUGCAUACUUGGAAAAACGUCCUCGGUGGUGAGGAUUUCUGCUCAACAUGAGAGACAUAAGAGUGGUGACAUGAAGAAUGGUCCCUUUGCUGGACCAAAGAUAUAUAUCCUUAGAAGAAGGUGCCCCCCCCACCCUUCUUUUAGCCUAGAAGAAGAAUGCCCAAAACCAAGACCAGUGGUUCCUCAGUUGGCUCCUCCAAAGAUCCCUGAGGGGGAGAGAGUGGAUUUCGAUGACAUCCACCGCAAGCGUAUGGAGAAAGACCUCCUGGAAUUGCAAACCCUUAUUGACAUACACUUUGAGCAGAGGAAGAAAGAAGAGGAGGAGCUCGUUGGUCUCAUGUCAAGGAUUGAACACCGGCGGGCAGAACGUGCCGAACAGCAGCGGGUCCGAACGGAGAAGGAAAGGGAGCGGCAGGCCAAACUUGCUGAAGAAAAGAUGAGGAAGGAGGAGGAAGAGGCCAAGAAAAGGGCCGAAGAUGAUGCCAAGAAGAAGAAGGUGCUGUCCAACAUGGGAGCUCAUUUUGGUGGAUACCUGGUAAAGGCAGAGCAAAAACGUGGCAAGAGGCAAACAGGCCGUGAAAUGAAGAUCCGGAUUUUAGCAGAGAGGAGGAAACCACUGAACAUAGACAACUUAAGCGAACAGCAGCUGAGGGACAUGGCCAAGGAACUGCACGACUGGAUCAACCAGCUAGAGUCUGAGAAGUUUGACCUGAUGGAAAAAUUCAAAUAUCAGAAAUAUGAGAUCAACGUUCUUUACAACCGCAUCAGCCAUGCCCAGAAAUUCAAAAAAGGCACAGGAAAGGCUCGACUGGGUGGCCGCUGGAAGUAAAAGAGGAGAUUCCCCAACAGGCGCCCCAAUCAGGAAGCCUUCCUAGCAGCAGAAGUCAUGGUCGAUGACAUCCCCUUACUUCCCCCGCCCCAUUUUAUGUUGAAAGUUGACCGCCCUGCCCCACUCUCCUUCCCUGCCCCCAUCACGUGUGCCUGUAGCAUGUCCCGUGUCGCAAGCUGCCCUCAAUAAACCAACUUCUUCCCUCCGUGGAAUAUU